AGACAAUAUAUUACGUAACUUACGCACUUAAGAAUAGAAAAAAUCAAUCAAAGACCGAGUCGAUUCAUUUCCUUAACCACGAUAUGGAGGAUUGUCAACUCUCCACACGGCCCGGAGUCAUGCAAUUCAAAGGCCCGUUUUGAAAUAUACCUUAGAACCCCAACUCUCUAUUCAAGCAUGAGAACAUACUUCCAUUAUAGAAAAAAUCGAGAAAAGGGAUUAAUUAAUUAAUACUGGCGCUGCUCCCGAUUAAUAAUAGUAGUAAUAAUUUAAUGGAUUCAAGCAAUAAUAGCGGGAGCAUUCAGUCCUCCAGCGGCGGCGACGAGGAGUACGAUUCCUACUCCCUUUUCCUCAGCAAGACGAUCGCCGGUCAACUCUCCCAACCCCCGCCGCCCCCCGCCUCCUCCUCCGCCCUCUUCACCCCCUCCUCCGCCUUCCUCUCCUCCUUUUUCGACCCUUCCACUCCCUUUUCCCUCGACCCCCUUCCCGAUUUCCCCCCUUCCUCUUGGCCCUCCAUUAGUAGCAGUAACAACAACAAUAAUAAAUCUCUCCCCUCUCCCGCCGCCGCCGCCGCCGCUCAUCAGAUCAAUCCCUCUUCCGCCGCCGCUCACCAUCAGUAUCUCCCCUCUCCGCCGGAGCCCAACGGCAAGGACCAGAACAGCCGCGUCAUCCGGAACUCCAAGAAACGGUCCCGCGCUUCCAGGAGAGCGCCGACCACCGUCCUCACCACGGACACCUCCAAUUUCAGGGCCAUGGUUCAGGAGUUCACCGGGAUUCCGGCGCCUCCCUUUUCUUCCUCGCCCUUCCCCAGAACUCGCUUCGAUCUCUUCGGCUCCUCCACCGCCGCCCCCCAUCAGCCGCCGUAUCUCCGCCGCCCCUUUCCCCAGAAGUUAAUAAUCCCGCCGACCCAGCAACAGUCUCCGCUACUCCCGCUGCCUCCGGCCUCCUACAACAACAACAGCAGCAGCAGUCUCUUCGCCGGCGGCGGCGCUCAGCACAGCUCCCUCCUCUCCUCCCUCCUCCAGUCAUCAUCCCCAAAAUACCCCCGAGAUCCCCUCCAAAUUCCGUCCACUGCCCCGCCGCCCAAAGUCAACGACGACUUCAUCAGCGCGGAUCUCGCCGGCGGCCUCCCGGGGCUGGUGUCUUCGGAACAUGGACAACUCGCAGCCGAUCCGGGAAGCUGGCGGGGACCACCGGGCGUCAGCGACGACCAGCUCCGAGCGAUAACCGGCGAUCAACACCGUCGUCGCAGCUCCAACGACGGCGAGCCUAGCGAUAACGGAGAAACCAACUUCCGGGCGUCAAAUUUUAACGGAGGAGACAAGGAGCCUAAUAACGAAGGUAUGACGGAGCCGUGGGUUUGUUCUUCAGACUUGAAAUGAUUGCACCAUUGAAAGUUAGUUUU